CUUCUGAAGCUUGGUCUGCCGCCUUUUUAGUCUGAGUUUUCACAUCCAGGUACUAGUCCACCAGUGACCCUGGACAGUAACAAAGCAUAUAAAGCCCGAACCCACCUCCCGCCACCAUCAUAGGUUCUAUACCUCAUGUGGAAGUCAGUAAACCAUGGCAUCCAAGAAAUUUGCUAUUAAAUGUGAGAACUUUGCAGUCCUGGUGGAUCUUCACGUAGUGCCACAAGGUUCAAACAAAGAUUCCAAUUGGUUUUCUGAACAGAAAAAAGAGGAAGUUUGUUUGCUGUUAAAAGAGACCAUUGAUUCCAGAGUUAAGGAGUACGUGGGCAUUUAUAAACAGCACAGGCCAUCCAAUGCAGAAUUCACAAGAUCCAGUCCCUUGUCCUUAAAAGGUUAUGGCUUUCAGAUCACAGCUUAUUUCCUCAAGAGAGGAAUACGCCUUCGUUGUAUCCAGAGCUCCCAGAAUACUGAACUUCGUAUAUUUCCUGAGAGAUUCGUGGUAUGUGUUAGUCAACUUGCAUUUGGUCAUGAUACUUGGGCAAACCAGGAUGAAAAAUCGACAAAAAGAGCCCUCCACAGAGUGUCUGAUUAUUUUGCUGAGUGCGUGGAGAGUUCACCUUCUCCUGGUACCAAGCUCAAGAGGAACGCUCUGAAGGAAAUUGUGAGAAGAACUGAAUCAAAAGGCAGUGAUGUGAGCAAACCACAGCCCAGCAGGGACCUCCUGGGAAGAUCUAGUGACUCAGUAAUUACAGUGGUACCAUGGAGGAGGGAUGCCUCAGCCAUUCUCCUGUCAGAAUCUGUGGGUCAAGCACAAGAUGACAUAAGAGCAGCCAAGAGCCACCAGGAGCUUCCUGUUCAAAAGCUGGAAAAUGUUUCUCAGACUCAGCCAGGAGACACUUGCAGCCAGCAGCAACUUCAUCCUGGAGAGUGGUUAAAGACGGGGCUUCUAAGCAGGAGCCCUGCGUCUAACUAUGAGUCAGCAUCACCAGGUCCAAAGCAAAGUCCGAGAGCAGCCAAGACACAGCAGAAACGCAGGAAUUGUUGCUCUGUGGAAGACUCUGACCACCACAGGAGAGUUUCUCUUGGAAAUGAAGGAUUAGUCCCAGAGGGCGAGGCGGCGGCGGAAAGGAGCACAGCUGUCAGGGUUUUGCCAGCCUUAGAGUUGUCAGAUUCUGGGUUGCUUUUGAAACAAGAUUUGGCAAAAGCCACAGCUAAAGAAGAGCUACAUGCUUUGGAAAAUCUCUCCUCCAGACAUCUUAUGACAAACAACCCAGGGCAGGCACAGCAAACCGGCUCAGCUGCAAUUACUGAAAGAUUAGCUACAGUUCAGGGUGACCCCAGCAAGAAAAGAAAGAAAUUGCAAAGUUACAGCAGAGGAUGUAGUGGCAAGAAAAACUGAGUAUACAGUACCUGGGAUUUGGGAGGAAUUAGAGCAGUUACUUUAAAUAAACAAAUAUUAGGAGCUGGAAUUAUGUCUUGCAGAGGACCCAGGUUAGGUUCCAAGCACCUACAAGGUGACUCACAACCAUUGUGAAUUCCAGAUCUAGGAGACCCGACAUCCUUUUUGACCUCCAUGGACACCAGGCGUAUACAUGGUAUGUAUAUAUACCAGGCAAAAUAAACACAGACAGACAGACAGACACACACACACACGCACACAUGCACACACACGUAAAUCUUUUGUAAAACUGUUUGUGUUGGAAUUGGCCUUCACAGUUACCUCCUGGAGGCUGUUUUCCUAGCAGGCUUGUUACUUUCUCAUCAUAUUUAUAACUGUCUUCAGAUAAUAUGGUAUUGACAAAGAGCUUGACACUGAUCAAGGAGUAAACUAUGUAUCUAGGAACCCAAGGGGAAAUCAGUAACAGUGGCCUUCUCACCCCAUCACUAUGAAGACCUGCUGAUGGGGGAGAGAGAGAGAGAGAGAGAGAGAGAGAGAGAGAGAGAGAGAGAGAGAGAGAGAGAGAGAGA